AUGUCUCUGCACGAGUCUGAGACUGUUGGCAGUCUUGAUCUCGACCCUAAAAUAACUGGAAUGUUGAAGAAAGCUCAUCUGACCAACCUGAGGCAUAUUAUGACGCUUUCCAACCUGGAGAUUGAGCGCCUGGCAAACCUGCCAGUUAAGGAUGUACAAAUGAUAAAAGAUUUGGUGGCUGAGAAAUUGGUUCGGAAACCUGUCACUGCUCUUGAAAUACUACACAAGAAGACUGAUGUCUGUUUGCAGCACUGGAGACUUGGCACCAACUGCCAGGUCAUUGACAGCGUUUUAAGAGGUGGGUUGCUGUCAGGUGUUGUGUCCGAGAUCUCUGGGGAAAGUGCCUGUGGGAAGACCCAGUUGUGCUUGCAGCUGUGCAUCAGUGUCCAACUAAACAACAUCUGCAGUGGGGGGGCGGUGUACAUCUGCACUGAGGAUGCCUUCCCCAGCAAACGUCUGCAACAUUUGAUACAGGCCAACUCUGCCAUUACUGGAGGGCGCAAUCUUGGUGACCAGAUUUUUAUUGAGCAUGUUGCAGACUUUGAGACGUUGGAUUUUUGUAUCAGCAGGAAACUGCCAACCCUCCUGGAGAGAGAGUUGGUUAAACUGGUUGUCAUCGAUUCUGUAACCGCAUUGUUUCGCUGCCAUUACGAUGCCACUCAAACCGUAGAGAGGGCCAAGCAUUUGACCUCGUUUGCUUCAAAGCUCCGACAGCUUGCCUUUGUUCACAGGAUUCCUGUAGUGUGUGUCAAUCAGGUCUCAGCCAAUAUGUCGGGAGCAGGUGAUGCCUCCACUGUUCCUGCUUUAGGGUUGACGUGGGCAAAUCAAAUUGCAUGUAGAAUAACCAUGUCACGACCUUCAGUGCUGCCACCUAGUGUCCAGAAACACAAGAUGGAGUGGAAAGGGAAGCCAGGGGCACUGGCUGAAGCUACCUACAGAAAACUGGCGGUGGUUUUUGCUCCUCAUUUACCUUUGAGAGAACUGUUUGUCUUUAUUGAUCAUUGUGGCAUUCAUGGGCUGGUUUGA